CCACGAAUCGAUAUGAUUGGUCGAUACACGGAGCGUGCACGGUCCACACUGGGAUAAGAUGCACGUCACGUCACGAUGCUGGCGCACGCUUCGGCACCUUGCACCAUGUUCCAAUCCCCGACCUUAAUAGAUCGUUGUUCACCCGUAGUAGAUACUACCGAUGACAACAGAUGCCGAUGAUAUGACCGACACGCCCUCCGCCGAGCCCUCUGCGGCUUCCGGCGCUGAAUCCCAUGCACCAAGCUCGCCGGCGCCGGCGCCCAAGAAAAGCGACCAUGUCGAGCAGCAGGACUUUGUCAAUCCCACAAUUAACAUCAUAAACAGCUUGUCCAGGAAAACGUCCACUUCCGGGCUGUCGCUCGCAUCUGGCGUGUCAAGAGAAGGAACACCCCCGCCGCUGCCCCCGCGCCCAAACCUGAACCUGCUCGACUCUGCUUCGCGCCCUAGCACGUCGCACUCUAUAACGCCGGGCAGGCCGCGCCUGGUAUCCAAAGCAACAACGCAGCUUUCUUUUGCAGAAUCAGCGAACCACAAGAACGAUUCGAGAGAACCCAGCUCGUCGCGGGCACCGAAACCGCGGUCGUAUUUCGGCUUGAAUGUUGGCUCGUCAGGCAAUACUAGCGAUGGGGAGGACAGCGCGAGCAUAGCAAGCAUCGCACCUGCUGCAGAGGCUGGGUUGGAUGCAGAGAGCAUGUUGGGCGAGGGCAUGGGUGUCCACGAGAAGACGCUUCUCGCAUCGCUAGGGCAAAACUCGCAGGACGCACCGAGCAUGUUCGCGUCGGACCCCGUCUUCGAGGAAGCGUUCGCCAAGGAAUUCGACGACGUUGAGGAAAUGGCACAGGAUAACUCGAAUGAAGAAUCAAUCAUGAGAGUAUGGCGCGCGAAGAUGAAGCACUUUCUUAUUCUGUCAUCUGCCGGAAAACCCAUAUACAGCCGGCAUGGCGAUGACCAGCUCAUUACGAACUACAUGGGCGUCGUCCAGACACUCAUCUCUUUCUACCAGUCUACCAACGAUACGCUGCGAGGCUUCACUGCCGGCGAUGUACGCUUCGUAGUCAUGUCGAGAGGCCCGCUCAAUCUCGUCGCCAUCACGCGUCUCCCUGAAAGCGACACCCAGCUGCGCGCACAGCUUGAUGCACUUUACAUGCAGAUACUCUCGACCCUCACACUCCCAUCAAUGCAGCGCAUGUUUGCUGCGCGCGCCAACUACGACCUGCGGCGGCCACUCCAAGGUACUGAAACACUACUGUCCGCUCUGGCAGAUGGCUUCACUCGUGGUUCGCCAUCAACGCUACUUGGAGCCCUCGAAUGCCUCAAGCUGCGAAAAUCCCACCGACAAACAAUCAACAGCACCUUGCUAAAGACGCGCUCGCCGAAUCUCCUCUACGGUCUAAUCGUCGCCUCGGGGAAACUCGUCUCGGUGGUCCGACCCAAGAAACAUUCACUCCACCCUGGCGAUCUGCAACUCAUCUUCAAUAUGCUCUUCGAAGCCGGCAGCGUAAAAGCAGGUGGCGGCGAGAAUUGGAUCCCUCUGUGUUUGCCAGGCUUCAACAACACCGGGUACUUGUACAUGUACGUCAGCUUCCUGAACCUAGAGCAUCCGAGCGAGCCCAUGCAGGAACGGCCAAAGAGCAGCGAGGGCGACCCGGAUGAGGUGGCGGUGCUGCUUAUUAGUGCGGAGAAGGAGGGCUUCUUCGAGAUGAGAGGGAUGCGCGAUGACUUAGUUGAGCAACUACAACGCAACGGCGGUAUAUCCGCGAUCCGCCAAUCCGUCCACGCUGGCCGCCCCCUCGCCACCGACCUCGUCCCCGGCACCGUCCUGCGUCACUUCCUCUACAAGUCACGCGGCAACGUUCAAUUCUUCUCGCCGUCGUUCUCCCCGCACUUUGCCACCCCGGUCGAUCGCCGCAGGCUGCUGAAUCUGUACUCCCUGCUGCACAGCCAUCUUCAUAACAAACCUGCGAGUCUGAAGAUACACUAUGAGAUGAGUGUGAGUGUCAUUAGUUUGGCGUGGAGUACCCCGCUAUUUGAGCUGUAUGCUGUUGCGGAUGGCAGGACGACUAGGCAGGCGUUGGCGGUGGCUGCGAAUCAGGUUGUGGAGUGGGUUAGGCGGGAGGAGGAGAGGGUUUUCAUCAUUGGGGGGGCGGUGUUCUAGACACACAUGUUGUGGGAGGAGAGAUACCCGUGAGUAGGUUGAAAGGGGAAGAUACACACUGGUUUGGGGUUGGGAUGGGGUACAUGAACAUAUGAAUCGUGGGAAGGGUAAAUGGCACAUUCCAAAUAGGAACCUCACAUAGCGCCUCCCUACUUCACCUCCUCGUAAAGCAUCGGAGUCACACAUCGCUUGUUCUUCCUCAC